AAAAUUAAAAAAAAAAAACACGAAAAAAUUGUGUCUUCUCUUCUGGUUUUUAUCAAAAUUUCUUGUGCAAGCAAAAUUUUUAAUAAUAAUUAUGAGAAUAUUUGGAAAAGUCCUACAGACUUUGCGACUGCCUAGACGACAAUCGAACUUUAAACCGCGUCGCUGUUCCUCAUUUCUUUGCUAUUAUAUCCCUACCCGUCGUUCUACUCUCAAUAAUCGCAUCACAAAAAAUGUUUCCAUCCGUUCAAAGGCUUCUAACACAGGCUCAUCUAAUAAGGGAAGCAGCAUCGGUGGAUCCAACUUAGCCAACAUACUGCCAGUGGCUUUGAUACAUGCGAAAAGCCCCACCACUUCGACCAAAAUCAUGCUGAUUCCACUCAAUUUGUUCGACGAGGAUGAUGACGCCAAUAAUAAGACUAUGAAAACGCUGUCGGUUAUUCGAGAACAUGCGAGACAAAUUGAGGCAUUCACAGAAAAUCUAAUGAACACAACAGAGUCAACACAUGACGGCGUACCACUUCCAUCUAGCAAGGGAAACGCAUUGCAGGAUGACGUGACAUUAUUCAUCCCUAACGAAAAAGCUCCAAAUACGCCAAAUUCGCAAACUUUGCAAUCUUCCGAGGAGAGUCUUAAAAGCAGCAGGGUUUCGCUUUAUGAAAAUCUUGAACGCGCUGUGGCCGAGCAAGAAAUGAAUCGCAUCGAAACACACGACUGCUUCGAUGUGGCGGCUUGGAAUAGCUCCAAGCAGGAUUUGGUUGUGUAUGUGCCCGAAAAUCUGGAAGAGAAACUACAACAAAUGGCAAUAUCAUCCAUGCAGUUGGCCUUCGAAAUGGACAUGAGUAAUAUUCGCGAUGCAAUUUUUAGAACGGCUGCUUUUGAGAAGAUCAACAUGUUUAAGCCGCCCACACCAAAGUCAUUGAAAGAUCCCACACUGACGAUGAAGGCCAACUUGGAUCUGGAAAAAGCUGAUAAUAAAGACACAAUUCCACUGGACUUUAAUGCUUUGAUUCAGGGUACUGUAGAAAUCGAUCCAUCCAAAUACACCCCAAGCGAUCUGGGAGAAAUCAGAGUGCCUGAAUUUAAUGACUGUGUUACUGCUAUAGCAGCGAAUAUAUGCAGCACAGCUUUGCAGAAGGGCUUUCCUGCAGACAUUCAUCGAAUGGCAUAUUCCACGAACUCUCCGAAGAAUAAAGAAACUCCACCUACUAAUCCACAUAUUGUUUGUGUUCGUGAGGGUUCAAAAGGUUGCAUUUCCCCUGGCAAUGCAGAAUACCCGAAAUUCGUCCCUCAUCCCAGCCCCGAAACGGUGUCGAACUCAAAGGAAGCUGUCAAAUCAGAGAAGGCGAGUAGAGCUAAUAUAUCUUCAGAAAUUUCGUUACUCUCUUCGGAAAUAAUUGGUUACAAUUCACGUGGUCUAAUGGGUUGUAAGGCGUAUGCCCUAGCUUUAGCUGAAGCAACGAAGCGCCGUGCAGAUAUUGAUAAGAAGAACGAUGAAAUAAAAAAUCCAAAGAAGGAAGCGACAAGAAAAAAGGAUAAAUGCGGUGACCCCAAAAACAACCCUUGUACGAAACCUUUGUUAGAUGAAUGUGGAAAGGAGUUGAAAAAAGAUUGCCCAACUAGAAAAACGGACGAUAAGAAGAAGAAGAAAGAUCCUUGCAAGGAUGACCCUUGUAAAAAAGCAGCUGGAAAAGACACUUGUGGUGGUAAAAAGAAGAAAGACAAGCCUAAGGGCAAAGAUAUAUGUGGGAAUUUAGAAAAAGGAAACCGAUGUGACAGCGAGACAGAUGCAUGCCGAGUUGAAGAAGUUCCAUGUUCGAAACCGAAGAAGAAAAAAUGCAUUUUAGAUGAUCCGUGUAAAGACCCUUGUGAAAAGGAAAAGGUAAAGAAGGAAACUCCUAACAAAAAGAAAUGCUCUUCCGCUACGCCCCUUUUAUAUAGCGCAAAAUGUCCGCUUCCGAAAAAACAGGAGCCCGGAGCUUCUGGUACAGAAAAUAAGUGUAAACAGGCGAAGAGCCUUUGCGAUAUGAAAAAACAGGAGCCCGAAACUUCUGGAAAAGAAAAUAAGUGUAAACCGGUGAAGAGCCUUUGCGAUAUGAAGAACCAGGAGCCCGGAGCUUCUGGAAAAGAAAAUAAGUGUAAGCCGGUGAAAAGCCUUUGCGAUAUGAAGAAACAGGACUCUGGAACAUCUGGGGGAAAAAAUAAGUGUAAGCCGGUGAAAAGCCUUUGCGAUAUGAAGAAACAGGAGCCCGGAGCUUCUGGGAAAGAAAAUAAGUGUAAACCGGUGAAGAGCCUUUGCGAUAUGAAGAAACAGGAGGCUGGAACAUCUGGGGCGAAAAAUAAGUGUAAGCCGGUGAAAAGCCUUUGCGAUAUGAAAAAAUCAAAACCGUUGAUUUCGCUAUGUGAAACGUCAGCAAAAAAAGCUAAGAGUUGUGGUGAUCUAAAGAAGUCAGACAAUAAAUGCAAAUCAAACGAGGCAAAGAAAGAUAAAUCGGCAUCAUCUGGUUCGCCUGAAAGUAAAUGUAAGCCAUUUAAAAGUGUUUCUAUGAAAGAAAGUAAAUGUGGGCCACCUAAAAAGACUGCUUCCGAUUCAAAGUGUGGGUCGCCUAAAAAAUCAGAUUCUGACUUAAAAUGUGGACAACCUAAAAAAUCUGCUUCCAACUCAAAAUGUGGAACACCUAAAAAAUCAGAUUCCGACUCAAAGUGUGGGUCGUCGAAAAAAUCAGAUUCUGACUCAAAGUGUGGACAACCUAAAAAAUCUGCUUCGAAAUCAAAAUGUGGACCACCUAAAAAAUCUGAUUCCGAUUUGAAGUGUGGACAACCUAAAAAAUCUGCUUCCAACUCAAAAUGUGGAACACCUAAAAAAUCAGAUUCCGACUCAAAGUGUGGGACACCGAAAAAAUCAGACUCUGGCUCAAAGUGUGGACCUAAAAAAUCUGCUUCCGAUUCAAAGUGUGGACCUAAAAAAUCUGCUUCCGAUUCAAAGUGUGGGUCACCUAAAAAAUCAGAUUCCGACUUAAAGUGUGGUCAACCAAAAAAAUCUGCUUCCAACUCAAAAUGUGGAACACCUAAAAAAUCAGAUUCCGAAUCAAAGUGUGGGUCACCGAAAAAAUCAGAAUCUGACUCAAAGUGUGGACCUAAAAAAUCUGCUUCGAAAUCAAAAUGUGGACCACCUAAAAAAUCAGAUUCUGACUUAAAAUGUGGACAACCUAAAAAAUCUGCUUCCGAUUCGAAAUGCGGGUCACCUAAAAAAUCAGAUUCUGACUCAAAAUGUGGCCAACUUAAAAAAUCUACUUCCGAGUCAAAAUGUGGUUCACCUAAAAAAUCUGCUUCCGACUCAAAAUGUGGGCCACCUAAAAAAUCUGCUUCCGACUCAAAGGGAGAUAGCAAAUGCAAAUCAGGAAAAAGUAAUGAUGGAAAAUCAGGAGAGUGUAAACGGUACGAAGGUUUCUGUAAGAGCGAUAAAUCCAAGAACUCUUGUUCAAAAGAUAAAAAAAAGGAUAGCAAAUGCAAGCCUAUCAAAAAACUGUGUGAUGACAAAAAAUCGUCUGAAGCUUCUUGUAAAUCUAAAAAGUCUUCUUCGAAGUCUGAAGUUGAGUCAAAGAAAGAUUCGAAAUCCCAGUGCCAUAAGGACAAAAAAUCAACAGCUCCCAACUGCAAAACCAAACCUGGUUCUGGUUCGAGUUCAAGUUCGGGCCAAGGCUGUAAGAAAUACAGCACGUUGGUUAACCCCAAGCCAGUUUUUGACGUUUUACCCGCUAAGCGCUUUUUCAGUGUCCUUCCGUCGUACAAUGUUUCUCAUAGCUUAAUUCUCUGGAGACAGUUCAGCUCAAAGAAAAAUUCAAAGGGAAAGAAAAAGAACAACCAAAACGCCGCAUUCUGCCAGAAGCUUCAAUCGAAGCCAAAAUCUAAACGUAUUGACAAACCAGAACGGAAAAAAGCAAAAACAGACUGUUAUGCUGACUCUAACGGGGAGUGCCAAGAGCGUUCGUGCAAGGAUCCUAAAAAAUCCGACUGCUCUAAAUUCCACAAGGAAAAUGAGAACCUCUCGUCUCUAAGCCUACGAACAUGCUUACAUGUUGUUGGCCCAUUUUCUUCCCUAAAACGAAGAUAUUUCGGAACGGACACUCAGACAACAACAAAUGAAGAAUGUGAAAAUGAAAAUAAGAAUGACGAUUGUGAUGCUCAAGAAGAAUGUGAUUCAAAUCUAACAAACGGAACAAGAAAUGAAGUGAUCAGGAUACUGGAGCCGUGUACAGUUGAAAGAUGCUUGGAAGCCAUACCGAAUUUCAGUGAAUAUGAUGUUCUUGUGCGCACUGAGGCUGUGGCGCUCUCUGGCUCAGAUCUGCAUUACUACGAAACCGGGGGCAGGUUCUACCCCGGCAUGACGCUAGGCCACGACGCAACUGGUGUGGUAGCAGAAGUUGGUUGUUCAAUUAAGAAAAUACGUCCGGGUGACCCCGUUGUUGUGGAAUCGGGAUUAGCUUGUGGCAUAUGUGACUACUGCAAGAAGGGAUGCUACAACAUCUGCAACCAAUUAAUUUUCAAUGGUUUUCUUCGCAAAUACCAAGUACACCCUGCUGACCUCUGCCACAAAAUACCAACCGACGUCAACAUAAUCGAAGCGACUUUGACUCAAACAUUGGCGCUUGGAUGUCAGGCGUGCUUCAAAGCGCAAGUGCUACCCACUACAAAUGUUCUCAUUAUCGGCGCGAGUCCCACAGCCAUAUCGGCGGCACUAUGUGCGCGUGCCAUUGGUGCUGGCAACAUCUGUGUGGCGUCCACAAUGAAAGACUCUCUUCAGGUAAUUGAGAAAACGUUUCACUUCGACUGUAUGUACUACGAACCCGACAUGCAGUACCGCAUGAUAUUGGAAUGCUUGUUUAGCGUGCUGCACGCCUGGCCCGAUGCCGUCAUAAAUUGCGCCAUCUCGGAGAAGACCAUGAAUUUGGCAGUGAUGGCGCUAAAGCCAUGUGGCGUAUGCGUUUUAGCAGAGUGUGAUACGGAGUGCGCGUGUUUCAAUGCGAUGGACGUGCUUAUGAAAAACCUGAAGUUGCUCCCCAGCUUUCGAUCCAUUAAUAUGUUUCCGACUGCUUUGAAAUUGAUCGAGGGUGGCAAGGCGCCUAUUGGUCGACUGGUUUCAAAGGUGUUUGAAUGGCAGGAGGUCGAUCAGGCUUUCCGGAAAGCACUACACGAAUCGAACGUUGGUAAUAAAAAAGUAAUAGUAAGAUGUGCGGAAGAAGAAGAAGAUACGUACAAGAAGGAAGAUUGCAAAACUUAGUAAACCUGGUGUAAUAUUCAAAAUUUUUAUAAAUAAAGAAAAUUGUGAUUUGUGCUAACUUUU